CUUUUAAAGCCAGUUGACGCAUUCGGUAUUCGGUUACAGUCGUUCACGCGUGGUCGUGCCGGGUUGUGCCGUGUGUUUCUUUGUGAAAUAAUUCGUUCCUCUUAUCUGCGUCAGUCGAGACGUAUAUUUAAGACAGACACAUAUUCGGCACCAGCGUCGAACGCAAAAUGGAGAACGUUUCCGUGUCCAAGGGCGUAUUUGCAUACAAAGGAAGUUAUAAAAUUGGCAAGAAGAAAAAAAAAGUCACAUGUCCGGAAUAUCUUAACGAACCUUGGUAUAUUGCAUAUAGCAAAAUUUGGAAAUAUAUUGAACAGGCUGCAGAGAAUGUCAGAUCCAAAAUGUUUCAACAGGUUAUGUCCAAUUUGGAGACUUUUGUAUCAAAAAUAAAAUCGAGCCCAUUAAAUACAACGUGCUAUGAAAUAGCUACAGCUAUUUUGUUAACAGGCGUUAAUGUUCCCGAUCACACGACACUUUUCGAUACGACGGUAUCUAAGCUUAGUAAGAUAACACCACACAUAGCAGUGUUAUGGAGCAAAGACUGUAACAGUAUGAAAAAUAUCAUCGAAGAUACUGUUUAUCAAUUUAUUGAAAAAUCUAAAUCGGAUGAUUCUCUUCAAAUACGUAAAAGUCAAUGCACUCUACGUGCCUUAAAAGAAUGGUUUGCCGAAUAUCACAAGGAUUCAGAAGAUCCUUUGAUUAUAAUUUUACCAGAUUUUGAAAGUUUUUCCACUAAUAUUUUACACGAUUUUAUCUUGGUCUUAAGUUCAUACAGAAGUUCAUUAAAGUUCGUACUUAUAUUUGGUGUUGCAACAACAUUACAUAUUGUACAUAGAUCAUUGACGUAUGACGUCACGUCGAAAUUAGUAGUGCAGGUAUUCCAUACACAAACACAAAACAAAACGUUAUCCGAUGUACUAGAGAGCACUGUCUUCUCCUCAAAGAUUCCAUUUAAAUUGAUCGGUCGUGCAUUUCAAUUACUGACUGAUAUUUUUCUGUUCUAUGAUUUUUCGGUCGAUAAUUUUUUACAAAACUUUAAGAUAUGUAUGAUACAGCACUUUUACGACAACAAUAUAAGCUCUUGUUGUAAACCGAAAUACAUAAAAGAAAGAAUAUCUGAACUCACAGAUGAAAAUAUCGCAGAUAUUAAAAAUUUACCAUCUAUUGCAAAAUAUUUAAAGACAUCUAGCAAAGUAACGAAUGGCGAUAAGCUCAGCAAUAAAGAAUUUAAGGAACUGUUGGAACAGUUGUUGAAUGAUUUUCACAAUUUUAUGAAUCAAUUUUUAAUCAUUUUGAGAUGUUUGCACUGCUUAGUUGCUGCAUUACCAGGUUCGCCAAUGGGCAAACAGUUACGGGAAGUUUACACCAAAGCAGUUUACACGAGUAAUCUCACAGAAUUGUGCGAAUAUAAAGAAUGUCUGAAAUUAUUGAGAUUUUUGUCGAAGGAGGAACUCCUUUCGAAACUCGAAUCUAUUAUAGAGAUCAUGGAAGAUUCCAAAGAUUCGAUGAUUAAGCAAAUUAAAAUCAAUCUCGAGACUCACGUUAACACGAUUCGAGAAGCUAGCUUAAACAUCACGAAAACUUCUUCCGAAAUGAUCAGUGUGGAGGAAAAGCUUAGUCGUAUGCAACUAAAGGAAAAAUUGCUGAAAAUGAGUCAGCAGGAGUCGCGUUCUGCUUACAAACAGGCGCAAUACGAUCUAAUCGAUUAUCUGGAUCGGGAAGUCUUUGCCGUUCACCUGGUCGAGCCGAAGCGCGUGACGGCUCACGAGAUAUUCUGUUACAGCGACGGAAACCAGGCGAAGCGUCAUAUCCGCGGCUCUUUGAGGGCCGCCAUACACACGGGAUUGAACGAUCCGCAGAUGUACCUGGAUUGCGACUGCUGCAAAUUGGAGAACGACGACGACAUUCCGCGCACGCUCCCCGACUUGAGUAUAAUUUAUAAGCUACACUUGGAGUCCAGGAAGCUGAUCAAUAUGUACGACUGGCUACAGGCGUUCCUGACAAUCGUGGAUCCGCAAACCCAGGCUACGGAGCAGCGCGACGUGAAUCCGCGACUGCAAGCUCGGUUUACUCAAGCGGUUGCUGCCUUACAGUUCCUCGGUUUCAUCAAGACUUCACGAAGGAAGACGGAUCAUGUAAAACGUCUUACGUAAUAACAAUAUUGCGUGUUUGAUUGUUUGCCUUGUUCGUUCACACAACUUUAUAUGUACGCGUGGUAACAUGUAUUUUUAAAAAGUUUUUAUUUUGUAUUAUUUGUACGAGAAUGAAUAAAACAGUAUUAUUGAAAUAAA